UCUGCCCAACUCCUCUCCAGUCCCGUUCCAGUCCGCCUUAUGCUGCGAUGAAGAAGCAGAACGUCCGCACCGUUUCUCUGAUCCUCUGCAUGUUCUCCUACCUUCUGGUGGGCGCCGCUGUCUUCGAUGCGCUGGAAUCCGAAUCCGAGAGCUCCAUGAAAAAAAUCCUGGAACAGAAGCGCAACGAGAUGAGGAAAAAAUAUCGAUUUUCUGAGGUCGACUACAAAGAAAUAGAGCGGGUAGUCCUACAAGCGGAACCGCAUCGGGCCGGCAGGCAGUGGAAAUUCGCGGGAUCGUUUUAUUUUGCUAUAACCGUCAUUACCACAAUAGGUUAUGGACACUCGGCUCCUGGAACGGAUGCAGGAAAAUUGUUCUGUAUGUUCUAUGCAGUCUUAGGCAUACCCUUGACACUUGUGAUGUUCCAGAGUCUUGGUGAGAGAAUGAACACUUUCGUACGUUUCCUGCUAAAGAAAGUUAAGGAGUGCCUGCGCAUGAGGAAGACCGAGGUCUCCAUGGAAAACAUGGUCUUGGUGGGCUUCUUGUCCUGCAUUGGAACCUUGUGCAUCGGAGCUGCCGCCUUUUCCCACUUUGAAGGGUGGACGUUCUUCCAUGCGUAUUACUUCUGCUUCAUCACACUCACCACCAUUGGUUUUGGAGACUUAGUGGCCCUUCAGAAGAAGGAGGACCUCCAAGAGAAGACUUCAUAUGUGACCUUCAGCUUCAUGUACAUUCUGGUUGGGCUGACAGUCAUCGGGGCUUUCCUAAACCUUGUGGUCUUGCGCUUCCUCACCAUGAACACGGAGGAUGAGAGGCGCGAUGCAGAGGAGCGGGCAUCCCUGAGGAGACAGAGGGAUAUGAUCACUCUGACCAUGGGGGAGGAUGGUCAUAGCCGGAGCUCCCUCUUUCUGCCAAUGGAGGAGGGCACCAGCCACACCAACUUGAUCCCACCAAUGGCCGAGGAGCAGGAGGGCGCCCUAGAGCCACGCCCCUCCAAGCCCGAGUCCCGUAUGAGGUCACUCUUCUCCUGCAUGUGCUACCAAUUGGCUUCCUGUGGCAGCCCCCCUCCUGUGCACCACAACCAUAUGGGCUGCCAUACCAACUCUGUCUACUACAACUCCAUCUCCUACAGUAUUGAGGGAGGUCUUUGCAGCACGAAAGACAGCAUUGCUCUGUCUUCCGCAGUAAGCACCAUGAAUCCUGGACUCGUACAUUUCAGGGACUUUCCUUUUGCACGAAGGAAGUCAAUUUAAUUUGUUCACAUAUAGUCCAAGAAAACACAAUUGUACAAA